AUGCACGUUGGGAAGGCGCUCGCCGCGACUACCGCUUCUUGUUGCCCAGCUUCUGUGUCGCGCCAACCUUGGCCAAAGUCCGCCAAUGGCUGGCAGAAAACAGGCACAUGGAAUCCCCGACGGGUUUCAACGUUGAGGAUCUUAGGGAGAUUGAGGAGGAGCUGGGACUGCGGCAGGUUCGCCUCACCGACGACCAGCUGCAGCGCUUUCGCGAAGCCUUUUGUAGCUUCGAGGGUACGCAUUACUUCGGGAACUUCGCCAACAAGAAGCUGGAUCCCAUGGGCCCCCAAGGCUUUCGUCACCUGCGAAGGGUGGCAUGUGGAGAGCCCUUCGUGGAUGACUUCGGCAGAGAGUGGCUUCCAUUGGAGAUCAGUCGCUUCCCCAGAUGCGACCCACGAGAAGUUAGGACUCGGUCCGACUGCGACCGUCUGCCAGUUUACUUCCAUACAUCCAUGUCGACAUGUACCUAUCCCGACAUCCAUGUCGCAUCUACUUCUGCGUCUACGUGCGUACCUGUGUUUGUAUCGAAACCUACAUCUACCUGCACACGUGCAUCCAUAG